AUGAAGAACCGGCGACGUUCGUCCCAGAUGAUCAGUGCGCCUAAGCCUGUCUUAACGCCCGAAGAUGAAGCCUACCUGCGCGAAGUCACCGCCAACCCAGAAUCUGUGCCCGGUUCAACAGAGCAUAAUGAACAAUCUUCAGCUGGGAGUCCUGCUGGGGCGCCUCUGCAACCUGCGAUAAGUCAACAAGCUGAGAAUAUCCCACUACCUAACUCGCCGGCGGAAGAGUUUGGGAAAGAACUUGGUGAGGAGGGUAGGCAAGAAAGGAAAAACUCUCAACCAACUCCGAGUGAUUCAGAGGCACUACAACUGGAAGCUUCAAAGGCGCCACAGAAGAAGAAAAGAUGGAGUGCAAUGUUUUGGAAGAAGAAUACGGAGAAGAAGGUAGGUCAAUCAUCCAACGAUAGCCGUUUCAACUCCCAAGACCAAGACGCCAAUGCCACAAACAAGCCUCAGACCGAAACGACUUCUCGUACCGCCUCGGAUGCGUCGACCGACGAUAAAGAUACACAAAAGGAUAAAGAUGCGGAGGAUAUGACGGACAUUCUGGAGCGCUUGAAUUUAGCAGCAGAUAACAACCGCGUGUUUUCUAUCAGCGAGGAAACUCAGGAGCUUCUGCGAAAGUUCAAGCUCAUCUUCAAGGACCUGGUCAAUGGAGUUCCGACUGCCUAUGGAGACCUGGAGAUGCUCUUGACGAACGGAAAUCGUCAACUGCAAGAAACCUAUACGAAGCUUCCCAGUCCCAUGCAGAAGCUUAUCGAGAAACUUCCCGAGCGGUGGACCGAGAGUCUGGCCCCGGAGAUGCUUGCGGUUGCGGCCGAGCGCGCCGGAAGUAGUGGCAUCAACAUGGAGAACGCGGGCAAGGCCGCUGCAGCUGCAGAGAAAAUGGGAAUCAACAUGCCAAGUCUGAAGGAACUUGUGUCAAAACCAGCUGCCCUUGUAGGUAUGCUGCGCUCCAUUAUGGCGUUCUUGAAGGCUCGAUUCCCUGCUGUCAUGGGUAUGAAUGUGCUGUGGUCAUUGGCUUUAUUCAUACUACUCUUUGUCUUGUGGUACUGCCACAAGCGUGGGCGUGAAGUUCGUCUGGAGAACGAGCGCCUGGUGACGGAAGAAGAGAUUAGCAAGCUGAAUGAAGAUACGUCCGAGGGUCUAAUCCGGCCCACUCAGACGUUGACAACAACUGCGCCUCAGGGCGCCUCGUCUGAGGAAAUACGUGAAGGCGUGAGGAAGGUAGAGGAGGCUCGGGCUGCUCCUAUCGCAUCUACUCCCACCGAGGUAGAGCCCGAGGUCCAGAACGUUACCCGGCCGACGCCAGCUCCUACCCGAUCGAAAUCACGUCUGUCUAUGUUUGGUCGGGCAAAGACAGAGUCUUCACCUAGUGUUGCUCCUUAUCCUGGCACUUGA